AUGACAUAUGUCCGACGAGACCCAAGGCUUCUCGCUGACCAGAUACGACCGUUCCAGACUCGCGAUAUUCUCUGGAUCACAAUCAAUGGCGUGACUGUAGUCAACUUCUACCGCCAGAACGACGAAAGGGAUGCCCUUGACACGCUGCUCCGAUGGCCGCCCGGAAGCUGCCUCGUCGCUGGCGAUUUCACUGAACAACGCAGAAGGGCAGACUACGGACCGCGGCCAAGAGAUUGCCGAUAUCCCACCAAACCCCGAACACAAUCGCUUUUGCCAACAUCCCACUUGCUGAAAGCCACUGUUGAGGACCAUUCCCGUCGCCACUUCACCCUCAGCUUGACUCUCCCCAACAUAAAGCCCGCUCCACUACAGCCGGGCAAGAUUCGAGUGACGACAGAAGAUGAGCUUAAACGAUCCGUCGAGACCGUAGAGCUUGAGCCACAGAGACCCCCUCAGAGAUUCAACGCCCGCGGAGCUGGACAAUUGUUCACUUCGAAGGCAGUGGGUCGGCCCUCACGGAAAGGUGGCUGCCCAGCUCCAUGGUGGACAGAAGAGUGCGCCUGUGCGGCGGCUGCAUUCGGCCUCAAGAGACCCCCUAGCUUCAAUCAGGAUGUUAAGAUCGCCAAGAGAGACUUUCAUCGCGUGGUCCGCCGAGCAAAACGAAAGUACUGGCGGGAACUCAUCGAUAGCUUCUCCAGCGCAGUGCUGUCUUAA